AUACUUCCGCCAUUGGUGAAAAUGUUGAUGUCUGGAUUAUUAUGAUCGUAUAAAAUGUUAACAUUUUGUCGAAUUCAGCUGGAUAAUUUUAAUCUAGAUAACUUCAAACGGUAGAUAAUAACUUUCACCGACUCUUCAAGAAAUUCCAACCUCAACAAUUCAAUGAGUAUGGAGUUAGCCCACAGCCUCCUUCUAAAUGAAGAAGCCCUGAAGAGAAUAUCUGAAAACAAACGACCGGUGUUUGUCUUUGAAUGGCUCAGAUUCCUCGAUAAAGUCCUUGUGGCUGCACAGAAGUCCGACAUUCGUGAAAGUCAGAAAACUCUUGUUGCCCAGUUGACCAAUCAGCUCACAGAAUCUCCUGGUCCACCGACGCGGAAACUUCUUGCUCGAUGUCUGGCAACGAUCUUUAGUGUCGGGGAUACAUUUGACCUCUUCGCCACUAUUAACGUUUGCAACAACCUCAUCCGAAAUAAAGAUGAUUCGCCGAGUUAUUUACCAACCAAAUUGGCAGCGAUUGCCUGUAUUGGUGCUAUGUAUGAGAGGCUGGGACGUAUGGUUGGCAGAUCAUAUGAAGAGACAGUUCAGUUACUUAUCAAGGCACUCAAAAAUGCAGAGUCUCAGGGUCGCACAGAGAUUAUGCUCACUCUACAGAAAGUCCUGCUCGGUCUGGGCACAGCUGGCAGCAACUGCCACAAGGAUAUCUACAAGGCCGUCAAGAACUGCAUGACAGAUCGAUCGAUGACGGUCAGGUGUGCCGCGGCUAAGUGCAUGUUCGAGUUGGUGAACCAUGCCCCCUUUGUGUACACAACAGAACUAGAGAAUGUCUCGUCACUGGUGUUCCGAUCUCUCGAUGGGUCAAACUACGAUGUGCGGUGCGCCGUGGGGAAGUUGAUGGGUCACCUUUUCUCUACAGCCUUGUUGACCAGGCUGCCACCAGGCUCCAAAAUUAAGAAGCUGAAGCAGGAAGAAGUAUUUGGUAUCUUGUCAAAUGGGUUCUGGCGAGGUGGCAUGGGGUUCCUGAAGGGCACGUCUGCCGGUGAGAUUAUGAAGGGAGGACCCAACAUCAACAGAGAAGUCAGAGUAGGAGUCACACAUGCCUGUGUUGAGUUUGCCAAGUGCAUGGGAGGUCUCUGGUUGGAGAGAAACAUAGCUGACUUCCUCAACCAUGUGCUCGGUCUGGUCGCAAACCCCAAGGCCACACCGACCCACGUCGAUGCCGUCUACGCCAGGAAAUGUGUGCUGUUCAUCCUUAGAGCUACGAUAGGCAGUCUCCUUGGUGAGAAGGCUCAGACUGCUGCCGCAAAGGAGAUAUGCCAUGUGAUCAUCAGGAACAUGAAUGCAUCCAGUGAAGCGGUGUUCGAGAGCGUGUCUGAAGGAAAGCCGCAGAGUAGUUCGGAAAGUGCGGCGACCCAGCAUGUCAUAGUUUGUGCCCUGCAUGAACUUGGGAGGAUUGUACAGAAUCUUGGGACGUCUUCAAGUCAGUUAGUUCAGGAGCCGGCCACAGGUAUCAUUGAGCCAGUCAUCUCUGUACUAAUCCACCCGAGUGCCUCGGCCCGCCUCUCUGCUGCCUGGUGCCUCAGAAGCAUCGCUGUGGCAUUACCAUCCCUGAUGACCCCCCUGCUUGACCGCUGCAUGACCCAGAUGCAGCAGCUGAAGGCAUCACCAGAGGCUGUGUCAGGAUACAGCUUUGCUAUCGCUGCUCUGCUCGGUGGGGUACAGCAUUGCAGUCUUGGAGUACCACAUUCAAAAGGAAAGCAAAUAUUUGCGAUAGCUGAGGAAUUAUUGCGCACAGCCACACAGAACAGUCGUCUGUCUCUCCAACGAACCCAGUCUGGAUGGUUACUGCUGGGGGCUAUGAUGACACUAGGCGGCCCUGUCAUCCGCAGCCACCUUCCACGGAUGUUGUUACUCUGGAGGAACGCUUUCCCUCGCUCCACCAAGGAACUGGAGGCGGAGAAGAGUCGAGGUGAUGCGUUUACGUGGCAGGUCACCCUUGAGGGUAGAGCUGGAGCGCUAUGUGCCAUGCAGAGUUUCAUUGCCCACUGCCAUGAGUUGGUCACAGAGGAUGUGAUUAGACGUCUGAUGCCACCGAUAGAGCGGGCUCUUGCCAUGAUGGGACAUAUGAACAGCAUCAUCAAGAUCUACGGCACCCACCUGAAGGCGAGUGCAGCCAUGGUCAGACUGCGGCUGUAUGAUGUAUUGCUGCUUCUCCCACCUGACACUUUUGAAACUGCCUAUAAUGCACUCCUCCGAGAACUCGUUGCUGAGUUCACCCUGACCGACAACCCCGCCAACACAACCACAUCGCUCCUGCGAUCAAUGUGCCACGUCGACGAUAGUGUCAUCCUUGGAUCCUGGCUACAGGAGACCGAUCACAAGGCCAUUGAGGACCAGUUACAACCAAACAGUGCAUCAGGAUCAGGUGCUCUGGAACACGAUGCUGCCUCAGUUUACAUCAAGGCAUACACGGAUGACCCAGUACCAGGUCCCUUGCCUCUUGGUGUGGCUGUCAUCGAUGCCUCCGUCAAGCUGUAUGGUGCUGUCUUCCCUCGAGUUCCCCACAAGCAUCGCGUACAGAUGUUGGAACAUUUUGGCGAGUGUAUCAAACAAGCAAAGUCAGCUCGACAACAAGCAGUUCAGAUCAACAUAUUCACAGCAGUUUUAUGUGCGCUGAAAGGAUUGGCGGAAGCGAAGACACAUUUUGGACAGAACGAUGUCAGGAAAGCUGCUAUAGCACUUGUGUUGGGAGCUGUUGGAAGCACUAACCCAAUCCUCCGUUGUGCUGCAGGAGAGGCCCUCGGCAGGAUGUCACAAGUCAUCGGCGAGGGCAAAUUCAUCGCAGAAAUGGCCCAGUAUAGUUUUGACCGGUUGAAGUCUGCGCGAGACGUCGUAACAAGGACAGGUCAUUCGCUGGCCCUGGGUUGCCUGCAUCGUUAUGUUGGUGGGAUGGGAUCAGGACAGCAUCUGAAUACGAGUGUUAGCAUUCUGUUGGCGCUUGCACAGGACAGGACUUCACCUGUAGUUCAGGUUUGGGCCCUGCAUGCCCUCGCACUGAUCGCAGACUCCGGUGGCCCGAUGUUCCGCAGCUACGUUGAACCGACGCUGUCCUUGGUACUAUCUCUACUCCUGUCUGUUCCACCAUCGAAUGUUGAUGUGCAUCAAUGCCUCGGCAAAUGUCUCGGUGCAUUGAUCACAACUAUAGGACCAGAAAUGCAAGGCAACACCGCAUCAAUAGCCACGGCCCGCCUCUCGUGCCUGGUGUGUUGCGCCAUCAUGCAAGAUCACUCGGACUCGCUGGUACAAGCUGAGGCUAUAUCGUGCCUUCAGCAGCUUCACAUGUUCGCCCCGAGACAUGUCAACCUGUCGACUCUCGUGCCACAUCUCUGUGAGACCUUGGAUAGUUCUCACCUCCUUCUCCGGAGAGCUGCAGUCUCCUGUCUUCGGCAGCUGUCGCAGCGUGAGGCGCGCGAGGUCAGCGAACAUGCCCUGGCUCUCGCAACGGAACAGAAGGACAGCGGAAGCAAUAAAGUGGAAAAUGAGAACUUGGGAAUAUCAGAGUCUGGCUUGGAAGGGAAAUUAUUUGGCUUGCUUGACAAGGAGGUGGACAAGCAGUUGUGCUCUGAUGCGCGUGACACUCUGAUCAGUAUGUUACAGUCGCUGGCGUCGGGUGAUCUCAAGAGGUGGUUGAUAUUACUGCAGGAGGUCUUAUCAGCAUCAGACGGUAACUCUGGCCUCCAGGAGAAUGCUCAAGUUGUAGAAGAGGACAAAGAUGAAGACGAAGAUGAGAAGGAAGUCAAUGACGAUGCCAAGUUCAAAGCAAACGAAGUCGAGACGACGCAUCCUUCUGUGGCACCAAGAUGGCCGACGAGGGUGUUUGCGAUGGAUUGCUUGCGGAAGAUCCACCAGGUGUGCGAGGUGGAUGAGACGCACUUCGAUCUGAUCAAAGCGCGGGAGUUGCAGCAGAGCAAGAAGGGCAAAGGUGACUAUCUUGUGCUGCAUCUCUCUGAACUUGUACGUGUUGCAUUCAUCGCCGCCACGUCUGAUAGCGACAAAUUACGUCUCGCUGGUCUUGCUGCACUUCAGGAUCUCAUCAGUCGAUUUGCCAAAGUCCCAGAACCGGAAUUCCCGGGACAUGUUAUUCUGGAACAAUACCAAGCCCAGGUUGGUGCUGCUCUCCGCCCUGCCUUCUCGCCCGACACUGCCCCAGAUGUCACAGCUGCAGCCUGUGAGGUGUGCAGCUCGUGGAUUGGGAGCGGGGUUGCGAGGGAUUUGAACGAUCUUCGCCGGGUCCAUCAUCUGUUGGUUUCAUCAUUAGCUAAACUAAAGACUGGUGGUAAGAACCAGUCUCCGCUCUUCAGUGAGAGUGCUUCAACAAUGGAGAAACUGGCUGUGUUGAAAGCUUGGGCUGAGGUGUACAUCAUUGCCAUGCAACGAGAACAAGAAAAGAAAGUCUCGCCCAAGAUUCAGUCUCCCGACCGAGACAUGGAUGGUGAUGAGUUUGUGGAGUGUUACACUGGCGAGAGUUUAUUAAGUCUUGUGCAGCCAGAGUUAGUCUCCCUCAGCAAGCAUUGGCUCGACGUGCUCAAGGAUUAUGCACUACUUUCACUGCCGCCUGAAUUAAACAGCCAGCUCCCUGCUGACGGUGGUGCUUUCUAUAACCCUGAGGGCAUGGAUACAGCGCGACCCCACUACAAGAAGACCUGGCCACCUGUCCUGUAUGCAUCCACUCUGUGGCUGAACGAGACAGGCUUCACCACCAACUACAAGGCAGACAGCGAUAGUAUUGGUGCUGCAUUAAUGGGGUCGAACGUGACAUCAAAUGUACCUGCUAACAUGAACCCAGAGGAGGUCAACUCCAAUAGGUUCUACUUAAUAUUAGGUAUCUGUGUUGAGGCGUUGUGCAGUCCGAUGUCCACCCAGCCCCUAGAAGCGGUCACUAUGUGUCUGAAGGCCCUCUCCACCCUACUGGAUACAGCAUGGCCGAGGAGCAAGCUAGGCAACGAACAGGCACUAGCCGUGGAACUGUUAAAUGUCAUGCAUCGGAUGUUGUUGACGAGAGAAACGGCCAAUACUCAUUUGCUGGUGAUGGAUGUGGUGCGACAGGUUGUAAAAACGGCACAGGAGGCACUGGCCUUGGAGAAAGAUAGGCAGGAGGAAGAGGGCAUAAGGCAUGGUGCUGAGCUAAUGGCAAGGAGUACGGAUACCGUACGCAGUAGUGAUGUAAUGGCUAUGAGUACGGAUACCAUCAGGAGUUCGGAAGCCAUGUCGAUGUCCACCUGUACAAUAAGUAGCAGAGGUACCGAUGCCAUGGCGACAAGCACGGACACGUUGGCUAGUCGAGAUACGAUGGCAAUGAGUAUGGACUCGUUAGAUGUGAGUGUGAUGAACGUAUUGGAGCAGUGCGGUGAGGGUGGCGAUAACGGUGAGAUCACACCCGGCAAGUCGUUGGUGUUUGCGACGAUGGAGGUUUGUCUUUGCAUCAUCGUGCGGCAGAUUCCGAGUAUGAAUCCGGCGGCGCCGAGCAGUACAGGAUUUCAGACGCCGAAACACACAACGCAAACCGAGGAGUCGAGUAAGCUUGUUGCGUGUGCCAUGAACAUUAUGACAGAGUUACCAGCACUUUGUACACCCAUAGGUAGCGUGUCCAUCCUGCCAUCUAUCCUGUAUCUCAUCACCGGCGUCCUCCGUGAUGUCGGUUCCAAGUCCAUAACAGACCAGCCCUCCAUGUGCACGGCGGCAGUAUUACAAUCCCUCAAGAGUCUGUGUACGAACCCUCUGGCGAGAGAUCUGAUCUGCUCAGACGAUUGGGUCAGGUUGCUGCAGAGUGCUGUUGUGACUGUACUGGAGUAUGCUAAACCAGAUACAGAACAAGGUCAUGCAGGCCUGGAUCAAACCACGUUGAUGUUAACCUUGGCUGUGUUCAUCAUGUCUAGUCCGUCGGAGGUGACCAAUGUGGCUAACAUCAGGGAUCCGUGUAUUGAACUGUUCAAGGAGGCAUGGGCUGUGGAAAGCACACAGGAACGUCUGAAAACCCUGCAGACGCUUGGCUCCAUAUUCCAGCACCCUGAUCGAGUCAUUGCUACGCCAUUCAUCCACGCCCUUGCUCCUAAAAUCAUUGAUUAUCUUUACUCGGUGAGCGCAAAUCGACCAGAUAAUGAGUUGGAUUUGACACUGGUGCUUGAGGCGAUCCGAGUGGUUGAGACACUGGUUUCCAUGGCGCAGGAAGAUGGAAGAAUUACAUUAGUUGCAAUAUUUGUUCCUAUUCUCAUAUCGUUCCUGCUGGACCCAACCUCCCUACAAUCUGCUAACAUAUCAUCAGAAGCUCUUCAUGACCACGCUCUACAGAGACUCACGAAAUUCGGCCCGCAGUACCCCGAACAGUUCCGUGCCGUCAUGUCCAUGUCAGCUGAUCUCAGAAUGAGGCUGGAGUCGGCUGUCAAACAGAAUCGAUUGAGUCAGGAACAAGCACAAAUUCAAAAGGAGUUAACGGCAUCAAAACAAGCGUCACAGCAACCUGUCAAGCCGACUAUCACAUUGAAGACAAGCUUUAGUAACUUUACCGGAUGAACGCAAUAACUUUGCUAGUCACUUUGAUUUUAUUCAUUGCUGUUCAACUUGGCCAUUCAGUGCUUCAGUUACGGGGGUUGAUGUAUAUGUUUUCGAUAAUUCGUGCAGUGGAGUUCAGGCUCACUUCAGAUUAGAGGUCAUGACUUGCACUGAGUCAUACAGUGCACGUUAUUGGAAGCAAGUCUACAUGAUUGACACAUGCGGGACUCGAAUCUGAGUGUCUUGCAAAGAUGAUAAAAUUUAUCGGAAUGAAAACUUUUUUGAAUUUUUUGGUGACUGCAUCAAAACAGCGGAAGAAAUCGUAUUGACAGAUUUCUCAGGCAGAAUGGAUGGUGAAGUUGUUCAUAUAGGUGCUGUUUCUCUUGUGUAAGCAAUUUGAAUACUCUAGCGAACCUUUCAUUAGAACUUGUAUAUACUUGUAGUAGCCUUUAAAAUACUUACAGAUAUACACUUAUUAAUAUAUUGAAUAUUCAGCAUGAAACUCAAACUGUCCAUAAUUUUAUCAUGAGUUGAACUUAUCAAUGAACGAUGAAAAUUUUCUUGAAUGAUUGGGUAAAUGUUUGGACUCUUCUUGAGAUCUUUACGGUUGUUUCUGGUUAUACUGGUGACAUCAUGGGCAAUAUCGGCAGUGCUGGCGUAAUAUGAGAACGGUUAUUUUGGUGUGGUAGAUGGUGGAAGUUCAGAUUUCUAUUGACAGUACUGCCCAAUAAACGCAAUAUUCUUGCUAUAUAAUCCAGUCCCGAGGGACUUUUAUCAAUAUUUCAAAUGUAUCAUAGCGAUCUGAAAUCGACAUUUUUGUGACUUGCCUGUGAUGUGAUGUCAGAUGUACAAAUGUUAUACCGACUGUACCAACAAUGAUCCAAUGUAUUCUGUAACAAAUUGUAAAUAAUUUUGCACAACCUGGUCAUGAUGUAAAUAAUUUUGCACUACUUGAUCAAAUUGUAAAUAAUUUUGCACUAAUUGAUGAGAUUGAAGCUAUCCAUUAAAUGGGCACUUGAUAUACAUGUACAUGGCAUAUCCAUCUAAUGUUUUCUUUUUGAUGUAAAUGACUGCUUCAACAUGAUCAGUGUCGCACUUAGUUGGUGAGAUUGAGCUGUACAUUUUGUGUGCUAACUGCAAAUCAAUGCAUGGAUAAUUUUGUCAAGUCGGCCAAAUUCAAGCUGGAAUUCCGUUCAAUGAAGACUCAAGGACAUGUACAUGUACGUAGCUGUGUUGAUUUAUCUCCGCGAUGUGCAUUUCAGCACUGUGUUUUGUCAACGAUAACCCUAGUG